AUGUCUAAGAGACAGUUCUUAGAAAACGGCCUCAAUGAUGGUAGCAUGUCAGUCAGUAUGCCGAAACAAACUCUUUCACAUCAUUGGAAAGAGUUUGUGUGUGGUGGUGGGGCAGCAUUUUGUAACAUACUUAUCAGCUACCCGUUAAAUAAGCUCAUAUUUAGGCAGAUGAUGCACGGUGUAGAGGCAACAUUCGCUUUAAAUCAAUUACAAAAGGAGGGACUUGGCUUUCUGUAUCGUGGCAUGCUCCCCCCACUAUUGCAGAGGUCACUAUCAAUGUCCCUUAUGUUUGGUGUCUACGAUGAAUGCUUGGAACCCCUGUUAGAUAGAAAAAUAAAUCCAUAUGUAACAAAAACUAUAGCUGGUGUCGUGGCUGGUUGUUUUGAAGCAACCCUAAUGCCCUUUGAGAGGUUACAAACUCUCCUUAUUCAUCCCAAAUAUCACAACAAAUUUAGAAACACAGCCCAUGCAGCCAGCCACAUAUCUAAGGUCUACGGUAUUAAAGAGUUCUAUAGAGGACUGGUGCCAAUAUUAUUGAGAAACGGUCCAUCAAAUGCACUAUUCUUUAUAAUAAGGGAUGAAAUAAAAGUGAAAUUGCCAACUCAAGAGAAUAUGAUUUAUGAUGGCAUACAGAAUUUUAUUGCUGGUGCUUCAAUAGGAGCUUUCCUCAGCACCUUGUUCUAUCCUUUGAAUGUUAUUAAAAUAGAAUCACAAAGACCAAAAUAUCGCGAUGAUUACCGAUACGAAAAAUCAUUUAACGCCUUCUACAAACUGCAUCUUGAAGCAGUUGACUGGUACCAGGCCCGAAUCCGCUGUGAGGCUGAAGGAUCAGAGCUGAUCGUACCGGAUUCCCUUGAUGAAGCAGAUAGCAUUCCACUUCUAAUAGCUCCGAUAUUAACGAGAUACGAAGGGGUAUAUGUAGGCAUGCAUGAUUUGUAUUCUGAAAGAUCCUUCGUGACCAUCAAAGGUAGUGGUCUUCAUGACACAAUACUUGACCUGUUGUGGGAAUUGCAGCAACCCGUACACAGCGGCGGGCGCUGUGUUGCGAUGCGACGCAAUGGGAGGCUCUUUGUGCACCCUUGUUCUGGUCGACUCCCAUUCGCUUGCAAAAUUGAAGCGUCCGAUGUUACAUAUUACCCAGAAUGCGAUACGUACGAUUCGCGUUGGAAGUUGGGACCAAACCAAACGUGCUAUAUAACUCAUUUAGAGCCCCAAACGUGGUAUGAGGCAUAUUCAACGUGCCUGGGUGCUGGCGGACAUCUAACUAUCCUGGAUUCUAAGGAGGAGGCUGAAUACAUAAGGGAUACCUUCAAACAAUACGAUCAACAUAAAACACCUGGGGACUUCGCGUUUCUGGGUUUCAGUGAUAUCUUUCAGCGAUAUCACUACAGAACUGUUUUAGGCGACACAUUGCGUGAAGGGCAUGUAGACUGGGAUUUCAAAUGUCCAGGGAACUUUACAAAGUUGGAAGAGCGUUGCGGUGGCUUCCGUAGGAGUGGAUUACUCUCUACGAACAACUGUCACCUGCCAUCGAUGUUCUUCUGUGAGAAGCCAGCUAACGGAACCUUUAGAAUUAAGACGACUGUACGAGCCAGGGUAAUAAUGGCAUGUCGAAAUAUCGAAAAAGCUGAAGAAGCGAAAAAAGAGAUCGAAGAAUCCUUAAAAGAUCUACAAGACACUGGAAAGAUAGUUAUUCACAAAUGUGACCUUUCAUCGCUCAGUUCUGUUAGAGAAUUUUCGCAGAACAUAAUGAAUUGUGAGCAACAGAUUAAUAUACUGGUCAACAAUGCUGGUGUGAUGAUGUGCCCAAAAUCAGAAACUGAGGAUGGCUUCGAGAUGCAGUUUGGAACAAAUCACCUAGCGCAUUUUCUUCUAACAAUGCUAUUGCUACCGAAAAUAAUCAACAGCAAACCAGCCAGAAUUGUCACAGUUUCUUCUAAAGCUCAUACAAGAUAUAAUAUAAAUUUUGAUGAUCUCAACUAUAAACACAGAUCAUAUAAUGCGGCUGAAGCAUACUCACAGAGUAAACUAGCUAAUGUUUUGUUCUCAAGAGAACUUUCUUCGAAGUUAAAGGAGUAUAACAUAGAAGGUGUAAAUACAUACUCUUUGCAUCCAGGUGUAAUUAAAACAGAACUUGGAAGACAUUUAGAUGACACUCUAUUCAAGGGAGCACGGAGAAUUAUUGGGUUUUUCUUGAAUCCAUUCAUGAAAACACCAGAGUUAGGUGCUCAAACUACUAUCUACUGCUCAGUAGAUGAAAAAUGUGCUCAAGAAUCUGGAUUAUAUUACAGUGAUUGUGCUGUAACAUCGCCAGACCCGAAAGCAUUAAACGACGAGUUUUCCAAGAAAUUGUGGGAAAAAUCUGUAGAAUUAGUUAAUUUAGGUGACUUUAAUCCUUUUAAUACAAAAGCGUAA